AUGAUAGUCUUCGGGGUCAGUUUGAAUUAUUCUUCUGCAGAAAUCGAUGCGCGUUUGAGCGGUCGAGGUUGCCAGAGUCCUAUUGUGGUCAGUUUAUUACUUCUGCUUUUGUUUCCUGGAGCUGCUUGUUUAAAAUUUUUGUCAAAGAACACUCUGAGGAAAACCGUUGGUCCCAUUGGAUCUGGGGCAGGGCGUCUGUGUAGUAAGCAAAACGCCGGUGGUUCGAUUCCAGCAUGA